AUGAAAUUCUUCACUGUUCUGCUGCUGGCCAGCCUAGCCGCCACGUCUCUCGCCGCCCCUCACGAGCCAAAAGAUGAAGUCCCCACAGAGACUCAGCACACAGAUGCCCCUACGCAGAUCACUCAAACAAGCCAUUCCAGGAAGGAUCACAUUUCCAAUGAGGUUCUUUCUAAGGAGCCUUUCAUCUUCAGAGAAGAGCUGAUUUCCGAAGAUAAUGUGGUGAUUCAAGCUACCAGACCAAAGAGUCACAAGACCCAGCAGCAGCAAGAGGACAGAUUCCAAAAUGCCGAGCAGCCAUCAGAAAAGCUUACAGAAUUCAUUCCCAGGCCUGGUAGGAACCAAGGAACAGGGGAAAGCAGUUGGAGAGGAAUCAAGCAGAAAAGGGCAGGAGUAGAAAACAGCUUAGAUAGAGCAGCCACCUCAGAGGGAAAAAUAACGAAGAUGGCCCGUGAAAUCAGGAAGGAACUGCAAGGAUUGGUGAAUGCUUCCACAAACAUACUGUCACCACGCCCUAAUGGCAAGAAUGUCCAAGAGGUCCUUGGCUGA